CAAUUUUUCCGUCAUCAAAACAUUGACUGACUUGUUUUCUUUCGACCUAGUCGUCACAUAGAAGUUUUUACGAUAAGCCGAUGAAGCUGGACUGAACUUCCGUUCAUUUUGAAGUGAAUGCCGUGAAAAUGAAAAACCAAUUCAUAUUCUUUGCAUUUAUUAGUGUUUACUCGGCAAUUUCCCUUAUCCUGUUCAACUUAGUCUACCGCACUUCGAAAGUUGUGGUCGAUGAGGAGUUCCACCUGCGCCAAGGUGAACACUACUGUCAUGGGCGGUUCGAUGUUUGGGACAACAAAAUCACAACGUUUCCGGGGUUGUACUUAGUUUCGGCAUCAUUCUUGGGCCCAUUCCAAGCCUGUUCGAUCUAUCACCUACGAAUGAUCUCGCUAAUCGCAUCCAUUGCCAACGUUUACCUGAUUUACAUAAUUCGCAGAGUGGUUCUAGCCAAUCGAAGUCCAUCCUACCUGCUUCUGGAGUCGAUUUCGUUGGCCACUCUUCCGCCGUUGUAUUUCUUUACACAUCUAUACUAUACGGACGUCCUUUCCGUUACGAUGGUGCUCACUAUGGUAUAUUUUAGCCUGAAAGGAAUGCACAACUGGGGUGGAAUUGCAGCUUUUAUGGCCAUUUUGAUGCGACAGACUAAUAUUGUGUGGGUCGGAAUGGUUCUCGGUAAUCAAGUCAUCAAAACGGCAAUCGAUCUCUGUCAAGCAGAUGGAAAGGGUUCCAACAGGAAGGGUCGCCAUUAUGGAUAUUCGGAUUUGUGGCAAACAAUUAGGAUUAUGCUUCGUAAACCUAAAUUAGUAGUUGAUCUUCUCAGACAUGUAUUGCCCAAAUAUUUCGGAUACAUUAUCAAUAUUGUGGGCUUUGUCGUUUUCCUAUGUUUGAAUGGGUCCAUCGUUAUCGGAGACAAAUCUGCUCAUGUGGCUAAGCUUCAUGUGCCUCAGAUCUUCUACUUCUCGCUAUUCUUCGCCGCAUUCAGCAGUUCCCACGUGCUGUCCACGCUCAAACGGAUAGCCCGAUUCAUGCGGAAGAAGUGGCCGAUGACCAUUCUCUGCAUAUGCCUCUUCGCCGCAGCCAUCCACCUGAACACCAUAGUCCAUCCGUACAUGCUAGCCGACAACCGUCACUACACGUUCUACAUCUGGAAUCGCUUCUUUGGCCGCUGGUGGUUCGCUCGAUACCUUCCGAUCCCGGUCUAUUACGCCGCGUUGGUGCUUGUGGUGCUGAUGCUCCUGCCGAGUAGCAAUAAUCACGAACAGACCGUGGGAUUCAGCUUGCUGUGGAUGUUGGCCACCAUUGCUUCGGUGGCCUUGCAGCAGCUGAUCGAAGUUCGGUACUUCAUUUUGCCAUUCCUUGUCCUAAGACUGAUUCAAACUAAUGUUCGGACGUCGUCGAAACUGCUCGCAUUGGAAGUGUUGGCGAAUUUGGCAAUCAACGCCGCUACAGUGUACGUGUUCGUGAAGAAGGAGUUCUACUGGAGCAACUAUGAGGACGCCCAAAGAAUUAUUUGGUAAGGGAUUAGUGAUAAAGAUCUGAAAGGCUAAGUUGGA